AUGUUUGGGGUGAGCAACAUUGCUAACACUGGUGAUAAUAGGCAAUAUGUUUGUAGAUGCUUAAUGGACCUGAUUGACACUCUGAGCCCAAAUUCAACAGCGAUAGGUAUCUUACCUGGUUUAUGUGGUGUCUCUUUGGGCUUCCACAUUCAUCCCAACACAGACUGCAGUUUACUGAUAACAGAUCAUUGCACAGGUCCAUAUAAUCGCUUGAUUUCAACUGCAUGGCCUGAGGUGAGCAUCCAAGGACACAGUUCCAAUUCGUAG